AUGGCCCCGCUUACUCCCGCCGAGAGGCAAAAGCUGCUCUUGCAACAGGAAAUAGCAAAACUGUCGGGAGCAAUUUCUCGCCACUCAACAUCAUCAACAUCUUCCACUUAUCAUCCAUACCGCGGUCGGGGCGCUCCAAGAGGAUAUGUACCAUCGCGGGGGAGAGGGAGAGGGAGAGGUGGUCGAGGUGGUUCCUACGCUCUGGAUCUACGUCAAACCAACAAACAAUCGUCUUCGGCCGAACCUUCCAGACCAUCAAGCUCGGCUUCAGUGAAUCCACCAAAUACAGUGAAUGAGAAGGAAAGUGGAGAGAUAGAACCCUCACCUCCCGCUUCCGAUACACCCGUAGCAGGUCCAAGUGGAACUUCAGCUGUUUGGGUGAAAGGCAAGGGAAAGAAUGGAAAUAUGAGCUUGAUGACUGCUGAGAAGAGUGCACAAUUAAAAGCUCAACGUCGAAGUAAACCUAGGGUCCCUCCUCAAAUACAGGUCAUCAAUUCACUUGCCACCAGUUCGGGCGAUAAACGAGUCGUUAUCGACGGAGUGGUCUUUCAAUUCGAGCAGGAUGGGAAGAAGCUCACCCGAAUAGGAGAAGCACCUUCUUCGGCUACCGGCACUUUCACACCCACCAGGAAGAGUCUCAGCUUCGGUGGAGAGAAGUAUAGAAGAACCAGCAGGGGGGAUUUGAUAAUGAAGAGGAAUGGCUCAACAAGCAAGAGCAAACAGCUCUGCCGAUACUUCACCAAGACGGGUCGUUGCAACUUCGGCUUAACCUGUCCUCAUAUUCAUGACCCAAACAAGGUCACGAUUUGUUCCCGAUAUCUCAAGGGAGCUUGUACACUAGGUACCUCAUGUCCCCUCUCACACGCAACGUCAACCCAUAAUACUCCGUCCUGUGUAAGAUUCCAGGCAACUUCGAGUUGUAGCAAACCCAAUUGUCUUUACCCGCACGUCAAGGUGUCGUCCGAUGCUCCGGUAUGUCAAGAUUUCGCCAAAAUUGGUUGGUGCGAUAAAGAGCCUGGAACUUGUGAGAAUCUACAUGUCUGGGAAUGUCAAGAAUUUAGGGAAAGGGGAACUUGUGGCAAAAACGGAAAGUGUGGCUUAAGACAUGUUGUCAGAGCGGAAAUCAAUCGACCGGAAGUGCUGGCGACGUCAAGUAGUGUACCAGUUCACGGUGAAGGUGGAUUUGAAGAACAAGAUAAUUUCAUCGAGUUUGAUCAAGGUAGUCCCGGACUCGUGUCGGAUGAAGAUGGCGAGGAGGAGGAUGGGUCUGAGAGCGAAAGCGACAGCGAGGAGGAGGAGGGGAGUGACAGCGAGAGUGGAUCGGCUUCAUCAGAAGCUGACAAUGGUAAGCGUAACAACCUUUCUUCUCCCUCUGCUCAUCCUCCGUCCGAUAUGAUGGAUACGGACGAAGUGGAUGGAGACGCAGUCCUCGAUGUUGUCUUUUGA